AUGCUAUUUGCUGCAAGCAGCUUCAUUCCGGUCGACGUCGCCAAGCAGUGUGGCUACGAUUCUCUUAUCUCUGCACGCGAUGAGCUAUAUCGGAGAUCCAAGUUGCUGUACCGCAGUGGCACCGAAAGUGACCCGUUGACAAUCUCCCGAUCGGCCUUACUGUUGUCCUACUAUACAUCCAACACGGAGAUCAUCGCAAAUUCAAGAUGGUUACGAAUUGCCAUCAAGAAUGCCAAAAGCGAAGGCGCCGAUUGUUACUAUGUCCCCAAAGCCCAGGGACCGAGAAAACAGUCGGACCUGAAAAGAGUUUGGUGGUGCUGUCUUAUUCGCGAUCGGAUCAUCUCUCUUGGGAUGCACCGCCCAAUCCAAAUCACGCCAUUAGAAUUCGACCUUCAUCAGCAGGGCUUGGCCAUUGACGACAUGAGAGACGAGAUAUUCUACUCUGAAGUAUAUGGACCAGAAACCAAAUCUGCGUUAUGCCAAGUAUUGUCGAGUCUCUGUCAUUUUGCAGCCACGGUAACCACGUUGCUCACGAUCCUCUAUCCUGCAAAACGCAAGGCUGCUAUGAAGAUGGAAAGCCACGAUCGUGUGCUGGCAAAGUUGGAAGAGGCCAAAUCGUCUUUGUUGCAAUGGGAACUCGAUUGGAUGGCGCACGUUAAUGACAACGAUUUCCAUCUGCAUUCGUCACUGAUAUUAAAUACCAAUCUUGUUGCGCUAUAUUACCAGUCUGCCCGUAUCGCGCUUUGCAAUCACAAGUGUCUCAUGAUUGGCGACACGAGCUCCCCAAAGGCCGCAGACCAAGAGCAGCUGGAGUUCUGUCGGACAGAGCUGGUACGAGCAAUUGGCUCGACGGCGGAGAGAGUGAAGCAGCUCCUGACGAAUGGAGUUGCCGACAAGCUCCCGAUCAGUGCUGUCGCCUAUACGAUGCUACCUCAGAUCCUGCUCAGCGUGAAGACGCAGCUUUCACGAAUCCCCGAAGACAAGCAAAGCCACGAAGUAACGCUAGUCUUCUUCAUGGAAGUCAACCGCCACUACAGUUUCAGAUACUAUACCAAGCGUGUUCUGGCAGUCACCUCGGCCGCUCUUCAGCUCUGCCAACAAUCCGCCAUGUCAGAGACAGAUACGGAUACAGAUUCCAGCACGAUGCUUCGCUCGGACUGCUUUUUCGAUCUGUUUGAGCUCCGCCUGGCCGAGUAUACCCGGCUCCUCCGAUACAUUGACGAAUGCUUCUUCAUGCAGGACAAUCCCGACGAGGACAGACCGCUACCGAUAACCGGCGUCGGAGCAUCUGACCAUGACAUGCUUUCCAUUCCGCCGGUCUCAGAGCCCGAAGCUGCCAUCGAGACAUCGACGCCGGUUUGGAUGGAGGCGAUGGAACUGUCUUUCUUUGGAUCGGGGACCCUCGAAGCGUUGCUACCAAGCUCAACGCUGGAAGAAAGCCCGACCAUGCUGCCAUCUGAGAGCCCGGAUAGUUUACAGCCUCAACAUAGUGGACCCGAGGAGGACAAAUCAGAACCUUCGCAGGAAGUGCUGGAAUGCUUACGAUUAUUUGGAGAAUAA